GAUGUGUAUAAUAAUUAAUUGUUUCGCUUGAUGCAAACUUUUUCUUGAGUGAAUGUUCGCUAUCUUCAAACAAUUGUUUAAUGUCUGACAAAAUGUUUUUGGUGCUUCAAUUUCUUUGAAGGAAUUAAACCCCUUUCUUCCAACAACUAUCUUGUACCCAAUCACCUUUGAUUUUCAUAACCCCCCUUAAACAAGCCUCACAGUUUGCUUUCCUCUUCUUAGCCUCAUCCAAGAGUUUCCAUGAGAGUGGGCAACCAUCCACAGGGGAGUUACAACCUUUGGGAUAUUUUUUUUUCUGGUUUAUGACUCCUGGAUACUUUACGAGAAAGUGGAGGGCACGAUGUGAUAUCUACAAAUACCGACUAGCGACUACGCCUCUAAAGCCAAUUGAACAACGAAACAAGUACUGACUCCCAACUCUACAAGUAUGAUGAACACCAAGAUCAUAUGCCGCAAUGUCUUCCACUAAGCCUGGGGGGCUUUCGGAUCCAGCAGCAGGAAGCUGAGGAGAAUUAUGCGAAGGAACGCUCUCGCUAUCAGAGGUAGCAUUGUCAGGAUCAUCGUUGGCGAGCGCCAUGGUCGCAGUCGAUCAGGAGUCUUGUUUGGCGAGAUUUUUCUAGGCGCCUGGAUGCGUCUGAAUGUAUCUGAACACUCUGCAACAGGAGAGGAGGGACCCAAGAACAAGAAGUACAGAGGUAGUCAAGCAGACCGACAGAUACCAAUCGAAAGAUUUGUACGAAGCAAGGCACGGAUAUUGAAACGACGUGGUGCUGGUGAGCGAGUGAGUGAGGAAUCGCUGAGAUGUAGAUCCAAAAAGAUUAUUAUAUGUAUCUAAGUUAUGCGCUGUUCAUAUAUGGUAUGUUUGUAUGAUGUAGAGAAGAAAGAAAAAGAAGAGGACGAGAGGAAGAGAUGGGUA